AUGGCGACCCCAGAGGAGAAGGAGACCCUGAGGAAGCUCGUACAGCACGUUGCGCGCGCGUUCUACGAGCCGCAAUGCAUCAUCAUCCUGGACCUACUGUCCCGUUAUCCAGUCAUGAAGAUCGACGAGCUGGCUGGGCGGAUGGGCGUCGGCGAGUCUGACAUCCGCAAGGAUCUGAACAGACUGUGUGGCGAGCAUAAACUCAUUCGUGUAUAUCGCCAGAAUGAGCUGAAAGAAGGAGCCACUCGCGCGACGAGUAAGGCGUACUACUACGUCGACUACGAGAACUUCUGCAACGUCGUCAAGUGGCGCAUCAAACAAAUGCACGCCACUAUCGACUCGUCUUUACGAAAUGAACUGGACCAAAAAGGCUACAUCUGCAACCAGUGCUCGAAGCCCUUCACCACCAUUGACGCCGCAAAGCUGAUGGACUUCUCCAGAGGAUGCUUUGUCUGCGAUGACUGCCAAGGGGAACUCAUCGAGAACGACCGGAACGGGUCGUCGGACACCAGCGACCUCAUGCAGCGCUUCAACGCUGCGAUGUUUCACAUCCGGGAAGGCCUUCGAAAAACAGAGUCCAUGGUCCUCCCCGCUGUCGACAUCGUGGGAUGGGUGAAGAUACACGGCCGGCCGGCCGUGGAUGCAGAUGGAACACAGGCCGGCGGUGCUGCCGCGAACGGGGGUGCGGGAGGCGAACUGAAGAUCGCCGGAGCCAACGGUACCAAGCGGCAGGAUGAGGGCGUGGGUGUUGUGCUCAGCCUGGACGGCGCAGACGAAGAGACGAAGCGGAAGCAGAGGGAAGCGCAGGCUGCCGCGCGCCAGCAACAAAACGCGCUACCGUCAUGGCAUUUGAAAAGUACGAUAUCUGGUGACCUCACCGCGCUUGGUAUCAAGGAGAGUGCACGCAUCGCCGCCCAAGAGUCGUCGGUCGCUAGUAGCUCGAACGACGAGAUUCUGCGCGGACUUGGAACAGUGCGGAAGGAACAGCAGCCGGUCAUGGCCCCAAUCGCGGAGGACGUUAAACCGGAUAUUGGGGCCAACGAUGCAGACUGUGAGUACCGCAUCUAUGACAAUACCUUUCAUGAUUACGACCAAUACUAUGCAUCCCUAGCUGCAUCAGGGAGCAGUAACGGUACACCUGCGAUACCGGGGGCAGGCAGCGACUUCAGCCCAGAAGACGACGAAGACGAAGACGUAAAACCCAACGUUGAACUCUUAAACUCCCUCAAUGAUUAUCGUAAACGAUCCCGAUCAAGGGACGACGAGGGCCCGGGAUCUGACUCAAAACGGCUACGAGGCAGUCCUACCGUGCCGGAAACGAACGGCACCACCUCAACCCAGGAGAUGAUGGAGAUGGACGAGGAUAUGGAAGGUGUACCCCCUCCUACUGCACUCGAUGGGACACCAGCAGACGAUCCCAUCGUAUAUGUUAACGGGGAGCCUAUGGCGUUCUCGCAGGUGACGGAGGAGCAUCAGGAGAUGAUGACGCCCGAGGAGUACACUGCAUAUUUCGAGGUGUUCGAUCGACAAGGGACGUGA